CUCACCACAUUAACUUUUAAAUUUCGCCUCGAGGAUGGAUUUUCGGCUUGAAAUGCUCUAUUUUCCUGGGCUUAAAUGGGAAAUAUUAUUAUGCAUUUGCGCCGGAUUUCUGGUUGUCUUUUACAACCUAUGCAAGCAGUAUCUACAACCCAACAGAUAUCAAAAUCCCGAGAAAGAGACAAAGCACAGCAGAGACAAGCCCCAUGGCGAAUUCAAGAUGCCAGUACCCCCUGCGUAUCCUGGAUGGUCGCUUAAAACUACGAAACCCUUGCCAUACAGAGCCUUUCGGUACGGGCCAAAGUAUAAUGUAACCAUGGGACUCCGGGUUGUGGCCCCCAUCGACUGGAUUGAGCUUGAUAAUCAGUUUCCAAAGUUCCAUGCGGAUAAAGCAGCACGAAUCAUAGAGCGAGGCGAGCAGUGCAUCAAGACGCAUGAGGAGGCAUUCUCUGCAGCGGUUGAGCUACUGGAAGAGCUAACCGAAUACUUACCUGCACGCUAUCCGAGUCUAUAUCAGAAAACAGCAACGGGCAUACGAAAUCUCUGGUCCGGCGAGUCGUUCAAUAUCCAAGGGCGGCUGCUGCAGGAAGAUCCCAUGGUGAUAUGUUCUCGGCUUGUGCAGGACGACCUUGCUCUUAUGAUUGAGCAGCCAGAUGGGCAAUACCGCUUGCUCGCCGGCUCCAUCCUUCUGGCAGGCUUCUGGAGACUAUCUGAUAAAUUUGGCAUGACCUUGUCCGACAUUCAUACGUCUGGCCAUGUGCCACAUUUCCACGAAAAGCUUGAGGGCGGCAUGUUGAAGUUCUUCCAGCGAUUAAAAUGCGACAAGUUCUACGCUCGCAACAACUACUUCAUUCAGGUGGACGAGUCCUUGCCCUGGAGCUACAGCAUUGGUGACGAGGAUAGCCCGGCGCUAAGCUGGAGCACGGCAGAGAAGAACAAGGCAAUAGAGCAUCACUGGUUCCGCUCAGAAAGACAGACAUUGCGGCGACUGCCCAAGACAAAGGCGAUUUGCUUUACAAUACGAACGUAUUUCCAUCCUAUAACAGAUAUUGUAAAGGAGGAUCACGUCCCUGGAAGACUGGCGAGUGCAGUGAGAAGCUGGGAUGAUUGGGUUGCCGAAUACAAGGGAAGAGAAAAAUAUGAGCAAGUCUUGCUAGAAUAUCUGGAUCGGAAACAUAAGGAGCAGCUUUGCGAUGGGCUAGGUCCCGUCAGCGAGGACACAACAGAAGGGUAUCCAUGGUAG